CAUCCCGAGGGCGAGCUUCCGAGCGAUUGGGCGACGUUUCCUGCAGGAUAUCCCCGUGAACCUCGACCCGCGGCCCGAAUCGCGCCCUGCUCCCUCCUCGUUCACUCCUGCCUGAACCGCUACACCCUGAUAAUUUGACUUUAUUUUCCGUUCGCCGCCUUUGGGAGCCACGAGUCGGCGCCGGUGGGCCCAUGGACCCGGACGAGAGUCGCGGCCGGAAUGCCGCGAGCGCGGACCUCCGCGGAGGAUUUCCGACCAGGAGGUGGGAGGUCAUGUAACCUGCAGGUAACGUCAGCCAGAUGGCCGCGCUCCGGCGUCCCUUCUGAGCGGCCGGCACCCACCAGUCCCAGCGCGGAGAGAGCGAGCGAGACCGAGGAUGACGCAGCAAAGCGGCGCUGGGUCGCCCCAGCAGUUCUGCCUCCGGUGGAACAACUACCAGAGCAACCUGACGAACGUGUUCGACCAGCUGCUGCAGAGCGAGAGCUUCGUCGACGUGACCCUGGCCUGCGACGGGCACUCGGUCAAGGCGCACAAGAUGGUCCUCUCGGCGUGCAGCCCCUACUUCCAGGCCCUCUUCUUCGACAACCCCUGCCAGCACCCCAUCGUCAUCAUGAAGGACAUCAAGUGGCCGGAGCUCAAGGCGGCGGUCGAGUUCAUGUACAAGGGCGAGAUCAACGUCUCCCAGGAGCAGAUCGGCCCGCUCCUCAAGGUCGCCGAGAGCCUCAAGAUCCGCGGCCUGGCCGACGUCAACAGCGAGCACGAGCUGACCUCCCGGCCCGCGGCCGCCCUGGCCGAGGAGUCGGCCCUCGGGGGAGGCCUGCCCCGCAAGAAGCGGCGCCGCGCCUCCGGUGACCGCUCGCCCCUGCCCGGUAACAGUCCCGACCGGACCGACGACGCCGACGCCGGGCCCGACGGCCACCCUGGCGCCAACCCCGGUCCCGGCGGCUCCCCUGGCGCCUCGCUGCCCGCCAUCUCCGUCACGCCGCAGAUCAACCUGCAGGAGCUGCCCGUGUCGCUCUCGCUGCCGCCCCCGCACCCCCAGCACCCCUCGGCGCCCCAGCAGACGCAGACCUCCGCUCUCGGGCACCACGUGGCCGGCCACGUGACUUCCGGCCCCCACGCCGCCGUCAACGCGCUCUCCGUGCAGCAGCAGCAGCAGCAGCACCCGCACCAGCAGCACCAGCAGCAGCACCCGCAGCAGCAGCAGCAGCAGCAUCAGCAGCAGCAGGCCGCCAACGCCGCCAACGCCGACGACCUGGAGAUCAAGCCCGGCAUCGCCGAGAUGAUUCGGGAGGAGGAAAGGGCCAAGUUGUUGGAAUCGUCCCACGCUUGGCUCGGUGCCUCCACCUCCAGUAUAGCCGACAGCUACCAGUACCAGCUGCAGUCCAUGUGGCAGAAGUGCUGGAACACCAACCAGAGCCUGGUGCACAACCUGCGGUUCAGGGAGCGCGGGCCCCUCAAGUCCUGGAGGCCCGAGACCAUGGCCGAGGCCAUCUUCAGCGUCCUCAAGGAGGGACUCUCUCUCAGCCAGGCGGCUAGGAAGUACGACAUUCCGUACCCCACGUUCGUCCUCUACGCGAACAGGGUGCACAACAUGCUGGGACCAAGCGCGGACGGCGGGGCCGGUGAGUACCUCAGGCCCAAGGGCAGAGGGCGGCCCCAGAGAAUCCUGCUGGGAGUGUGGCCCGACGAGCACAUCCGCGGCGUGAUCCGCGCCGUGGUCUUCAGGGACGGACACUCGGGCCACAUCGUCAAGGAGGAGCCGACCACCAUGUACCCCAGCCUGGCGAACUACGCGGCCUGCAACGGGCCCGAGGGGGCGGUGAGCCCCGGGGCCGCUGCGGCCGCCGCGGUCGCCGCAGUCGCCCAAGGUCUCCGGCACCAGAUGUGCAACAUCGUGGCGGCGGCGCAGUCCCAGCAGGGCGUGCACGACAUGAUAGGCGCCAACCUGACCUCGAACCUGUCGUCGAACCUGCCAUCGAACCUGCAGGCCGCGAUCCAGGCGAGCCAGCAGCAGCAACAGCAGCAACAGCAGCAGCAGCACCAGCAACACCAGCACGGAGGCCCCGGGGCCAACGGGCAGAACAGCAACACCGGCAACCAGGGGGGCAACAACAGCGGCAACUCCCCCCUGAAUCUGGGCAUGGCGAGCCCGGGGUCCGGGGGGCCUCCGGAGAGCCCCAUGGAGAGUCCCCUGGCGAGCCCCCUGGGCCCUCUGAUCGACCCCGGGCACAUGCCCAAUAGCGUGGAGGUCGGCAUCGGGGUCAGCGGCAUGACCUACAAGCCCGCCCGCACCUUCGUCAGCCCCCGGCCUGAGAACCUCUUCCAGGAGGACAUCGCCGACCUGGUCAAGAGCCCCCACGGGCUCAAGGACAAGGAUAAGAUCCCCGUGAAGCUCGAGCCGCUGACCGACUCCCGCUGCGAAUAGUGGGGCCGGGCCCCCCGGCAGUGACCCCGGCAGUGACCUCGGCAGUGACCCCGCCAGGGUGCCCGCCAGGAGGGACCCAGCCGCGGCCACCCGGCCGGCGGGAGCCCCCGCUUAUACAUACGCCUAUACAUAACGAGUACAUGGAACUCCGUGGACAUAUAGAUAUAUAUAUAAAUAUAAAUACAAAUAAAAGGUAUAUUAUAUAUAAAUACAAAUAAAAGGUAUAUUAUAUAUAAAUAUAAAUAUAAAUAUAUAUAUUAUAUAUAAAUAUACACGCGCGAGGGACGGGCGGCGCGCACGUGCGCGCGGUAGGCCGCGCGAGCGAAGGGGAGGAGAGACCGUCUCCGGGUAGGACUCCGGGAAGAGGGGAGAGAGAGGGCGGAUUGGGUCGGAAGGGAGCGGGAGGGAGAGGCUUACAAUCAAAAUUCGGACGCGCGAGGGAAGAGGCGCAGUUGGACUCGCGGCGUUCCCGCGGCUCUUUGGGAUACUCCUCGGCGAGGAUGGCGUUGCUGCGACGCGGAGAGGUAUAUAUAGAUAAAUAAAAAGUAUAUAUAUAUAUUCAGGCGGGGGGAAGCGUGCAAUCCCUUCGCAGUCGGCACUUCCGUUUUCGACGGAUAUCGGGGGCUGUUUACAGUUAGACCGGUGGAGGGACCCCCGAAGGCCGUCGCGGCGCUUUUUCCGGCGCCGUCGUAACUCGCGCGUUCCGUAGAAAUCGCGGGGAGGGGGCGGAAGGGAGGGAAUACACGGACACACAGGUUGGAAACGCGCAAAAGUAGCGAGUUCUCGCCCCGCGCGAGUCGCCGAGACUCGCCUAGGAAAGGACACAUUACCACGUUAUUUAUACCUACGCAUAUGGAAAUAUUAGAGCCCAUACGUUAAUGCCAAAUGUAUAAUAGUUCGUAAGAGUCGCGCCGCGCCAGGCCGGGCGAUCCAGAGAUGGCGGCGGUUCCGGGAUGGGAGGGACGCGCGGAAAGGACGCCGAGCGGACGGCGGAAAGGCUUUUUUCCGAUCGUGCGAACCAAAGGAGAGGGUUUCCACCGUGGUGCUAGAGCGUUUCAGUCACUUCCCGGGGAAGUCAGUCGACCCUAUCCCGCCUUGCGGCAGGGUGUAAAAUUGGCGACGCCCUCCACGUGGGCCGCGCGGGUCUUUUCGACGCUUCCGCUCGGCAUGGGGAAAUGUACAAAAUUUUUACGGGCCUUUCGGUGGAGUCGGGACGAAAGGUCUAGGCGGGGAGCGCGCGUCGGGGAGGAGAGGAAAUUUAAAAACGAUUAACCAUACGAUUAAAAUGCUGUAAGAGAGAUCGGAUAUAUAUGCGACGCGGAUGGACCGGGUCGAGAGGACCCGAGGGAGGAUUGAUCGCCGUACGUUAUUAAAAGUGUAAUGAUUGCCUUCCUGCCAUAUUUGGGGUAUGCCAAGUAUAUAAAAUUGCUAAGUUUAGGUAUUAUAGAGGAAUUUAACUAGGAGACGCGACCCGAUGCACUCGGAUAGGCGCGGAUGUGUGCGCGUGCUUGGGACAAUGGGAGAGAGGGACGGAAAGCGAGAGGAAUGAAUGGAAGAGCGAAGCCUGCCUGGGUGAAGUGAUAUAUGCCGAAUGGGUGCUUUUUUUCUCUCGAGAGAUCGUGCUAUUUUUCAAAAUUUUACAAAUCGAAGGGGACCUCGAGCCCUCGGGCGAAUCCCUCUCGCCGGCUCUCGGGACUCGCCGGCCCUCCGGAAAUCGGCGGAAGGAUCGUUCGAUCGCCACUUUUGGGGGUUCGUCAUCGAUCGGGCAUUGGCUCGGGAACUCUUCUUCCGCCUGGUUUUUUUUUUUUUCAGACCCUCUUGUCCCGGGGUCGGGGAGAGGCUCGCGGGGGGAAAGAGACGGAGCUCGUCCUGUCGAUUAGCGUCAAGUUUAAGGCCUUUUCGCCCUAUCGCCGAUCCCGCAAUCCCGAUUAAAGGAAAUCCCCGUAAGUAGGUAAAAGGAGACAUUCGAAGUGGCCUUCGUGAGAAAAGUUCGUCGUUUUCGCUGCGGCUCGGUCGCGCACGGAGGGAUGGGCUUGUCGAAAAUAGAAAAAGAAAACAAUUGAGACCGAGGGCUCUUGGGUCGAAAGUGAAUCUUCAGUCGCUUCCUUUUAUUUCGCGAGGGCUGUCGAAGAUAAAAAUCGAUGAUCUUGAUUUUCCGAUUAUUCUCGCGAUAUGGGAGGGCGAAGCCGCAUCACGUUUCGGGAAUCCUCCUGUCCUUUUUCUACGGCCCUCUUUUCCGUGCGCAGCGGUGAGCUUAGCGUAAUUAGGAAUUCAGAAUUUAGGAUAAUACCAAUUUGGCUUGGCACGGGAGAGAUAGCGUGAGAUAAAUCGGGGGUAAAUUCAAGAUAACCGAGCGCGCCGGGGAAGGAAAAAGAUAUUCUUGAUACAAGUGGUUUUUGCGCGCGGAAUGCGGAAUCGCGAGAUACCGGAAGGGGGAAAACGCUGGAUAUACUAAAGUAUACUUAAUAUUACUCGGGAUCGGUAAGCGGAUGGAGGGACGGGAGGGGGAGAAAAUUUGAAAAGGGCGAGAGCGACGUUGAAAAUGAAAACAAAAAAAAAACGUGAGAUUCUAGGACUGUCUUUGGAGCUCUUUAAAGCGUAGUUACGUAUUACCGAUUUCUAUUUUUGAUUUCCAAAGAGACGCGAGCGGUGAGAAAGGGUUGGAAGGAAGGUCGGAGGGUGAGAGAGACGACGAUAUAUCUCGGACGAUACUUUUUACAAUUUGGGCUGACAUGUGUUCAAAAACGGGGCGGCGUGAAACGGACGCUAUUGUAAAAAUUAAAAUUAACGGGGUGAACAGGGGGAGGGGGCGAAGCUAGGAGGCAAACCAAAAGUCCUGGGAAGCAGGAGGGGGUUAAAUUAAAUAUUGUAUAAAGGGAAAAAAAAGUAGCAAGUGCCUUCCAAACGAAAAACGUUGAAAAGAGUCCCGUAGAUCGUGACCAGGGGUGAAUGGGCCGAGUCGUGCAGUGACCGCGAAAGAGUUUCUCGAUUCGGGACGUUUUUUUUCUCGGACGUUCCCACGCCCGAGAGAGAUGACUCGAAUUUCUCUGAGAUCUUUCGAUUAGGCGAGGAAGAAAACGUAUUAAUUAAUAAGGCGCGAGCAUGAUCGAGAUGGAGAGUGGUCGAUGAGUGCGUGACGAGUGCGAGGCCGGAUACAGUGGAUGGCCGCGGGCCCUGAGCCUCGUCGUCUUUAGCGGAAUCCCGGCGAAAGUACUCGGUGUAUCGAAAAAUGUCGCGAACAAAAGCUGUUCGCCAGAUCCUUUUCAACAACUUUCGUUGGGGGUAUUUUCUCGAGAUCGCGCCCGCUCGGGGGAGAAUGUCCUCCCGGAGCUUCCGCGGAGAGGGCAGCGGCCAGGGCGCGCGACGACCAGGCGGACAAAUUCCAUUUCGGAUUUACACAAGUUGACACAUACACGGAUAUACGCGAAGUACACGUACACCGGUAAUACCCUGGAAUGGCAUGUCUCAAAAGCGGUUCUUUGCUUUCGUACGCGAGGGGCAGCGUGGGCGGGAUAUAUAAAGAAGGGCGAGCCGAUCGGUUCUUAGAGACGUUUCGUUUUCACGUUUUUUGAUAUAUCCGCGAAAGGGGAUGAAAAAAAGAAUACCUAUAUAUUACAUAUUUAAGACGUAAGUGAAGAAAAAAAAAGUAUCUAUUACGCUAUAAUAGAGAGAAAAAAAAA